AUGAGUUUGCCACGAGGUCAAUCGUGUAUCCUGUGUCAGCAGCGCAAGGUCCGAUGCGAUCAACAAAAACCCUGCACAGGUUGUGUUCGAGCACAGGUCGAGUGCAAGGUUGCACCCAUACAACCAGCUCGAAGGAAGAAGCGAAAGAUCCAGGAGGGUGAUUUGAUCGAUCGGCUCAAGAAAUAUGAGGCGCUAAUGGCUCGGAAUGGCAUCGACUUCAAUUCAAUUCUGGACAAUGAACGUGAGAGGAAUACGUCGGAAAUGCCUAGUGAUGUACUGGAUCUCUCUCCGGGGCCUGCUUCUCCGAAAACUGAGAAGUCUCGAGAUGUACUUCGUAAAAAAAGUUCUAAAUGGGCUGCAUACUAUGACGAGUAUCAAACCCACAAUGACCUGCUACAAGGCUCCGAUGAUGAUGAGCAUGAUCAGCCAACAAUUCACCAUGCCUUUGACAAGAUGUUUGAAAAUAGUAAUGAUGGUUUUCCAUUCAUGGUAGGAGGCUCGAAAAGUCCAAUUACUCAUCUUCAUCCAUCUGCAAUCCAAAUAUUCCAGCUGUGGCAGAUCUACCUCAAUAAUGUCAACCCUCUUUUGAAGAUCAGCCAUGUGCCCACCCUGCAGAACCAGAUUGUCAAAGCUAGUGCCGACCUUGCCGAAGUUGAUGAAUCUUUUGAGGCCCUAAUGUUUGCGAUAUAUUCUAUAUCGGUGACGUCGAUGCCGAAUGACGAAGUUGAGGCAGCUUUUGGAGAUUCAAAGAAUGAGUUGUUGGCUCGGUACCAUGCAGCGUCACAACAGGCUCUUAUCAAUGCUAAGUUUAUGAGCUCAAUCGAGCUGACGACGCUACAGGCUCUGCUUUUAUACCUUCUCAGCAUAUGUCAAUCUGUUGAUCCAAGAUCUCUUUUCUGCUUGAUCGGUAUCGCGGUGCGUGUAGCUACUCGUCUUGGUAUACAUCGAGAUGGCGAUCAAUUUGGAAUCCCGCCAUUUGAGACCGAGCAACGCCGACGACUUUGGUGGCAACUAGCUAUGUUUGACAAGCGUAUAGCUGAGUUGACAGGUUCUGCUAUCACAGCCCUAUCAUCAUCCCGGACCGACUGUCGACUUCCUCUUAAUAUCAACGAUUCAGAUCUUCACAAGCACACCAAAUCUCUUCCGAGACCGUCCACAGGAUCAACCGAAAUGCUCUUCUGUCUGACUCGUGUGGAACUGUUGGCUUCUACUACGCCGAGCGGUCUGCGACCAGAUCCAUCAAUAGUGAGAAAUCGACAAGAAAACGAACCCCUUGUGCCACCAUCUAGUUUCAAUCCUUCUGAAGUGAACGAAUCACCAUUUCGUGGCCUCAAUGAAUAUUCUGCCUACAUCGAAUCGACGUACCUUCAAUAUUGUGACCCCGAAAUCCCCAUACAAAAUUUCGCACUACUAACAGCACGAGUAUCGCUCUACAAACUCCAAGUUGUGGAUUUCAUGUGCCGGGGUAUCCCAACAACAAAACUCUCUGAUCAAGAGCGUGACAAUCUCUUCAUGACUUCUGUGCAAAUGAUCGAGUGCGAUGACGAGAUCUACAACACUAAAGAACUACGUGGUUUUCUUUGGUACACUCAGUUCCAAGCCCCCAUGCCGGGGUUUUUCUUCCUCAUGAGCGAAUUGCGGCACCGUACAACCGGGCCACUUUGUGAGCGCGCAUGGAAAGCUAUCUUCAAUAAUCAUCAGCAUCGAGGUCUGAUCCGCAGGUUGAAAAGUCCUAUGCAUACUGCUUUAGGGCAGGCUAUACUCAAGGCCUGGGAAGCCCAUGAGCAGGCUGAAAUUCAACAGGGAAGGGCUAUUGAUUCACCAGAGCUGAUUACUGUAUUGCGUCAAUGCAAGAUACAAAUGCCGCUUCUGCGUCCCAGGCUGAUCCAGUCGGUCCUACCGCAGAGCUGCUACCCUAUGGCAACAUCAAUGCUGAGCCUACAAUGGAGUUCCAACAAUCAGGGCCAGAUUCCGAUGCUAGUAUGA